GAAGACGCCGCUAGUAGCUGUCUUAGCUAGCCGACAGAGCGGACCGAUUACCGACUGUUUGUCCGGUGAAACAUGAAUUUAACGGCUUCAGUCCGAUGAGUUGACAGCGGCAGACAGCCGUUAGUUUGGACGUUAGUACCAGAUGGAUUUAAACACGGAAAGCCGGUCUCCCAGAGAGGAGCGCGAGCUGGAAGACGGAGAGAUCUGCGAUGAUGAAACCGAGGAGAGUGUGCCGCUCCGGCGGGGGGAUGGUAACGGGAGCAGGCCGCUCGCGGCCGCGGUCGCGGCCGCGGCGCUUCUCAACGGUCUCGAAAACCUCACCAACGCCCGCACAACAUGCUGCCACACAUGGGCCACCCGCCGCGGACUUCAGACACUUGAUGCCACCGUACAACCGCGGACCUCACGCGCACGAGCCGUUCCCCUGAGCCACCGGCAGCAGUGCGGGCCGAGCGGGCCCGAACGGCCUCCCGCCGCGUCCAACGCGCCGCUGCCGCUUCUCGGGCCCCACGGAGCCCCGAACCCGAGGACCAGCUUCUGGGAGCGCAGCCACGGCGCCCUGGGCCGGUUCCGACACCGGGCCAUGCCGAACGGUGGCCGCGGGGGAUGGAGCCGAGGCGGCCGGGGCGGCGGAAACAGCCGAGGUCCCCCCGGCGGUCGCUACGGGCCCGCAGAGAGUCACGGUAACACGAAGGACUCUCCCUCGAGGAAACAGAAGCAGGCGGGGAGGAACCCGGGCAGGAAACCCGCUCACAGUGUUUCUAAACCAGACAACAGUGUUGACGAGUCCUUCGAGGACCUUCUGUCCAAGUAUAAGCAGAUCCAGCUGGAGCUGGAGUGCAUCCGCAAAGAGGAGACCCUGGCUCUGGAGCCCAAAGGGGACCAGAAGCCAGACCCUCCUGCCAGUGUUACAGACCCCAGACCAGACCCAGAGCCUCAGGAUUCUGCUCUGGCUCAGACUCAGGGCCCAGGUCUGGCUCAGUGUCCUGCUCAGAGUCCAGGUCCGGCUCAGUGUCCUGCUCAGGCUCAGAGUCCUGCUCAGAGUCCAGGUCUGGCUCAGACUCUGAGUCCUGCUCAGGCUCAGGCUCAGAGUCCUGCUCAGGGUCCAGGUCUGGCUCAGACUCAGGGUCCAGGUCUGGCUGCAGCUGCAGCUGCAGAGGAAGCAGCCCAGCUGGAGGAGAAAGAGAAGAAAGUCUUCCAGGCGUUCAACAUCAAGCCUCUGCGCCUGAAGCUGCCGCGGCCCGCCAGCCUGGACCAGCUGAGGACCAAGGGGGGCGAGGACCAGAAAGGAGCCGCUGACAGGGACGGUGAAGAAGAGGAAGAAGAAGUUGCUGCAGAAGCUGAAGCAGAAGCUGAAGAAGAGUUGGAGGAGAAGAAGAAGAAGACGGCGUGCGUGUGCUGCGGCGGAGAGGAAGCAGAUGGAGAAGAGAAAGCUAAACGCUGUUUGUGUCGGAGAGAGUCGUCGGCCUCCAGCGAGGACUCAGUCCUCUCUCCUGACAAGCCCGUGGUGAAGGUGGAGGAGGAGGAGCUGUCGGAGCUGCAGCUGCGCCUCCUGGCGCUCCAGUCGGCCAGUAAGAAGUGGCAGCAGAAGGAGCAGCAGGUGAUGAAGAAGAGCAAAGACCGCAUCACUAAAGUGGUCCAGGAGAAGAAGAGCGCCGGCCCUGCAGCCACGCCCACCACGCCACCCGGCAGCAGGCAGAGAGUCACCACCCGCUCUGCCUCCGCCGCUGCUGCUGCCUCCGCUGCUGCGGACCGGAGCAGAACCAGGUCCAGAGCUCUGGACAAGGAUCGGGAUCGGAGCAAGGCCGGGCCCAGAGCUGCAGACAGAGACCGGGACCGGCCCAAAGCCAGCCCUAAACCAGGCCCCAAGGCCCCGCCGGAGAGACGCAGCGCUGCUGGGAAGACCCACGCAGCCAAGAAGAUGAUCAGUCCCGGCUCGGCAGCCAAGCAGGCCUUCAGGAAGCAGCAGCUGAGGACCUGGAAGCUGCAGCAGCAGAGGGAGCAGGAGGAGAAACGCAGACAGGAAGAGGAGGAGCGACGCAAACGAGAGGACGAGAUCAGACGCAUCCGAGACCUGUCCAAUCAGGACGAGCAGUACAACCGCUUCAUGAAGCUGGUGGGAGGGAAGGCCAGGACGCGCAGCAAAUCCAGAGACCGAGAGCACAGGAAGUCAGCGGGGAAACAGGGUCUGGACGCCUCGGGGAACCUCUACCAGUACGACAACUACGACGAGGUCGCCAUGGACACGGACAGUGAGACGGGCUCGCCAGUGGCGUCUCCUCCUCACAGCUCUCAGCCUCCAGACGACCCGGCAGUGUUCCCUCGCCUGGCGCUGUACGCCGCUGACUGCCCUCCGCUAGGACUGGACUUGUGUCAACCGUUCCUCCCCCCCCUGCUCCACCCCCCGCCCCCCCCUCUCCCCCCUCCCCCUGACGAGGCCGAGCCUCCGCCCAAACCGCCCUUCGCUGACGAGGAAGAGGAGGAGGAGAUGCUGCUCCGGGAGACCUGCCUCAUGUCCAUGGCCAACAAGAGAGUGGCUGCCCCAGAGGACCAGAUCUCCAGCAGCCCUGCGUCUCCCAGCUGUCCUCCAGCUGCAGCCGUCCAGCAGCCAAUCAGAGGGAACCUGAGCUCCGUCAGCCUGAACGCCGUCGCUCCGUCACGCAGCAACAAGUUCAGCAGAGGACACCACGCUGCCAGAGCGCCACUGGUGCUGCCUCGACACAAGUCGUGGUGGUUUCUCUCAACGACUCGAGGACACGAGUCAGACGGG